AUGAGCAUCCGAUCCAACCUUGCCGACCCGGAGCCGGCUACCCAAGAUGUCUUCAGCUACCUGUUCAGCAAGCGGCGUGACUACCCGACCGACCGGGUCAUCUACCGCGUCGAUGGCAGCGACGAGACGCUGACGGUGCGCGAGCUCGAGCAGAAGAGCCGGCAGUUUGCGCACACGCUCGUCGACAGAUAUGGGGUAAAGCAGGGGGACACGGUCGGCAUCCUGGCCUCUGACUCGAUUGCAUACCCUAUCGCGUAUCUUGGCAUCUUGGCUGCUGGGGCGAUAGUGGAGCUUGUUCCGAUCCAGGCCCAGCUUACGGCGCCCGACGUACGGCUGCGGCUCGCACAGGCCAAGACCAAGCUUCUGAUCACCGACCUUAAGCUUCUGGGCAUGGCCAUCAACGCGUGCGAGACGCUACCGCAGGUUAAGCUGCUCGUUCUAGACGGCACGCGGUCGCAGCUCAACUUCUUCAGCGACGAGUGCCCGCAGUACUACGGCUUCCGGCUACGUACGCGCGAGGAGGCUGAGAACAGUGUUGCCUUCGUUAACCGUACUAGCGGCUCGACGGGCAACAUGAAGUCGGUGCUAACGACGCACGGCUACUUUAUCGCGGUACUACAGUCGACGCUCGCCACGGUACCAGCUAAUACGGAUCCGGACGCCGAUACGUGGCUCUCGUCGCUCUCGCUAGGCUUUUUCAUCAAUGCUAAACUGCACAUCGGGCUGAACAUCCUGCUGGGCAUUCCCGUCGUUCUAAUGCGCGAGCCCUUCUCCCGCGCUACCCUCAGCAUCAUUCCCCGGCACCGCAUCACCUUCCUCUUCGUGCCGCCCGCGCUGGCCGCCGACCUCGCCGCUGCCGGCACCGGUAGCACGCCCGAUGUCAGCUCGAUCAAGUGGCUGCUAUCGGCGGGCGCGCCCAUGCACGAGGGGCUGGCGGCACGCAUCUCAGCGCUGCUGAACGGCGUGCACGUCGCCAUGGAGUGGGGCACGUCGGAGACGCUGCUGAUCGCGAUCCAGACGGCGGGCCACGCCAGCCCGCCGGGGUCGAGCGGGGUUCUGGUUAGCGGCAUGGAGACGUGCAUCGUCGACACGGAGACGGGCGAGCUGCUGCCGCCCAGCAGCGGCGAGCGGCGCGGCGAGAUCUGGGUGCGCAACCGCGUGUGCCCGUUCGGCGGCUACAAGGACAACGACGAGGCCAACGCCGCCGCCUUCGACGCCGACGGCUGGUACCACAGCGGCGACUUCGGCUACAUCGACGAGCACAAGAACGUGUUCAUUCUCGACCGCCUCAAGGAGCUGAUCCGCGUCGGCGACGGCUACGGCGUACACGUCAGCGCCACCGAGAUCGAGGCCGUGCUAUUCGAGCACCCGGCCGUCGAGCAAGUCGUUGUUACGGGCUGCUUCAACGAUAAGACGGCCCGCGAGCACCCGACUGCCUUCGUAGUGCUGAAGGCGGACGCCGACAAGGACCGCGUCACGGCGCUUGCCAGCUUGCAGGCUUGGACGGCAGAGCGCCUGAAUGGAUUGCAGAGGCUAACCGGUGGCAUCAUCUUCGUGUCGAGGCUGCCGACGGUGGGGUUCAAGAUCAACCGCAGGGCGCUCAAGGGCCUGGUUAAAUUUGAUACCGCGGUGCAGGCUAGCCCGCAAUACAUUGAGGUGUAG